AUGGCGUUCGUUCCGGCUGUGAUAUGUGCUGACCGUGGAAGCUCUGUGUUCCGUCCAGCGCUCAAUUUUCUCACCGACGAAAACACAAAGAACGCCAUGGACAACGAAAUUCAUACCGGCAAGCGGGUUCAGCUCGACUGGUCGCUCGAUAAGAUGACUUUUCCUGGCUUUGGCCGUAAAAAGGGCGAGCACAAGCUCAUCGAUCUCGGGUUUCUUGGCGUCACCGCAACGGAUGAUAUGGUCACCUUCAACACCCAACAGAGCUCCCAAUGGGACGGUCUCCGUCAUUUUGCCCACCAGCAAUCUAAAAUGCUCUACAACGGUGUCCCCCAUGACGAUAUUCACGCUGAUCGAGGCAACCUUCGCCUUGGCAUUCAUAAUUGGGUCGAUAACGGUGGCAUUGCUGGCCGUGGCGUCUUGAUCGACUGGGCCUCUUGGGCUGCAAGCCGCAAUGGUGGCCAAACGCCGCGUCCUGAUCAGUCUUACACGAUCAGCUUGGCCGAUCUGCAAGCUUGUCUUGAGCAGCAAGGCACCGAGCUCAAGCACGGUGAUCUACUCUUGAUUCGUACCGGCUUCGUCGCAUGGCACGACAUUGCUACCCAAGACCAGCUGCGCGAGCAACAAGAGAGUGGUGCCUCCAUCGGCCUGGCCCAGGAUCCUGCUUUGGUCGAAUGGCUGUGGGACAAUCACUUCAGCGCAGUUGCUGCGGACAACCCUGCUCUGGAAGUGUGGCCACCGCAGGGCCAGCCUUUGCACGAGUUCCUCAUCGCUCUCUGGGGCUGUCCCAUUGGCGAGUUGUGGAACCUCGAAAAGCUGGCUGAGCUUUGUCGCGAGCAUAAGCGCUGGUCCUUCUUUCUGACUUCGUCUCCGCUCAACAUCCCUGGUGGCGUCGCUAGCCCGCCAAAUGCCAUGGCUAUCUUCUAA